AAUGUUUAAAUUGUAUACUUUAAUACUAAGUGAAGGAUGUGAAAAAAUUUACUUAAGCAUUAUGAAAUAUCAUAUGUACAUAAAUUUUUUGGAAUAUUUAGAAGCGAAUAUUUAAAAAAAAUAAGUGUUAGCAAAAUAUUCCACCUACGGAGAUGCUUCCCUAUCAGCACAUACCCCAUUUAUACCGAAAUUCGUUUUCAGUACCCGACUGUAAACCAAACCUCACACUCUCCGUGGUGAAGUCACAAACUAAUUUAUUUAUUCGCAUUUUUAUGUUGAUAUGGACGGUCUGUUCGACGGAGAAUUACUUUGCUAUAAGGGUAUACAUGAAAUAUAUAUACACCACACAAUUGCACAAUCGCUUACAUAUAUCCGACACGAAGCUGAGAAGGUGAAGUAUUUAAGAACCAUUCGCUAUAAUAAUCAAACAGUGUCAAAACAAAUGUGAAAUACAUCGAUUAAAAAAUGCGGCACUUUUACUUCAAAGUUGUUAAUUGUAUUCAAGUGCAAGAAUCACUAAAUAUUGAUAUUAAAAACCUAAUUAGGGUAUAAUAUGUAAAUGUGUGUUAAUACUUCAUGUUAAAAAAUGAUUCAGAUCACCAAUAACGAAAUAAAUGAAAUAGCAACGAACUAAAAUGCAGUACACAGUGUAAAAGAAAAUGUCAAGUUCCACAUAUGCAUAUGAUAAUAUCUGAAAUGUUGCCCACUCGGAGAAAAUAUGUGCAAAUGUCGCAGUUCUCAUCUGACACUGUUUUUUCUCAAUCUAUGUUAAGUAGCGAGAGUACAAAUUCAAGCAGAGCGGAUGCUGUGGACGAAAAUGUUGAAGAUGAAGAGGAAAAUGAGUUCUUCGAUGCCAGCAGUGAACCAGAUGACUUUAAGAACUUUGAAAUGGAUUUAAAUAAUGCUCUGGAGGAAGCUAAGUUGGCCAUUUGUUAUUUCUUUAAUAAUAAAUUUGAUGAAGCUCGCAUUUUAUUGCAACCAUACGCGCAUGUCAGUAUGUACCAUUCAAUGGGCAAUGCUGUAUUUAUAUUCCUGGAAGCAAUAUUAACAUUUGAACAGCGACACAUUGUCAGAGCUGGAGAUGAGCUGAAAAAGUGCUUAAGUGUUUGCCAACGUUAUAUGCACAAAAACACUUUUACACAGUCCAUCGGGAGGAAAUUUAACAGGACAAAUUACACGCAACUCACUGAUUUGGAGGCGCAUGCUGAAUUAUGUUAUGCAGAGGCGUUGCUCUUGCGAGCUCUACUCACAUUUAUUGAGGACGAGGCUUUAACAAGUUUGAUACGCGGAGGUAUGAAAAUACGUCAUUGUUACAGUAGCUACAAGGGAUGCGCUCAAAUACUUGUGCAAAGACAGUGGGAAUCAGAUGUGUCCAAACUACAUUUCGAAAGCGGUGUACGUAUGGGUGUUGGCACCUUUAAUUUAAUGAUUUCUCUACUGCCUUCAGGUGUUAUAAAAAUCUUGCAGUUCAUAGGAUUCUCUGGAAAUAAGAGUGCUGGUCUAACUGAUCUCAAAACUGGCUAUCAUUUAUCCGGUCUACGUCAGGUGCUCUGCGCCAUGACUUUGCUUGGCUAUCAUCUGAUAGUUUGCUAUGUUAUAAGUCAUCAAGGAGGUGAUUUAGAACUGUGCCAUAACAUCCUAGAGGAGCAAUUACUAUUGUAUCCUCAAGGUGUGUGGUUUCUCUUCUUUAAGGGUCGACUAGAAUUCAUGAAGGGUAAUCUGGAUGAAGCGCAGUAUUGGUACAAAAAAUCAUGGAAAUCACAAAACGUCUGGACACAAUUCCAUCAUCUGAGUUUUUGGGAGUUAUUGUGGGUAAACUGCUUGAAGUUAGAUUGGCAUGAGGCGAGAUUGUACGCCAGCUACUUAGUAGAACAAAGCAAAUGGUCUCGUACAAUUUAUUCAUAUCAGCAAGCAGCCAUAAUGCUAAUGAACGAUGACCUUGACGAUACUGGGCGGCAAACCAUUGAGCGUCUAAUGAAAGAUGCACCCAAGCAUAAGCAACGAAUUGCUGGAAAAUCACUUCCAAUGGAAAAGUUUAUUUGUAAGAAAGUGGCACGAUAUUUUGCGCAAAAUCAUUAUUUGUGCCUUCCCGCUGUUGAGUUAAUGUUCGUCUGGAACACAUUCAAGGUACUUGGUAAAAAUUAUCGGCUUUCUGACAGUAUUUUCCGCUUAAUUGAACGCCAAAUGAAACAGUUAGCGCACAGAAAUGAUACUUAUGAACUUGAUAAUCAAGCAUUAUGUUUAUUAUUACGUGGCGCUUGUUAUCGACAAAUGAAACAACCAUUCCGUGCAUUGCAAGAUCUUGAGGCAUGUAUGAACUUGGAAAGUCACGUAAAAGAGGAUACAUAUUUGAUGGCAUACGCCUGUGUGGAAUCAGGACUGGUGCAUGCGGACGAACAAAACUACGAUUUGGCUAUAUCCACAAUUGAGGAAGCAAAGUUUUCUUUUUAUUUCAAUGGUGUCAAAUAUUUUUUCAUUCAGCUUAUAUGACAGAUGUUAUAUGUUACGUGGAAGGAACUGACAAAACCUUUUCGUUGGAUGCAAACCGUUUGCCGGCUUAUCCGGCCGGAAAGUUGAUGUUAAUGUCUGCAAUAGUUUUUCAGUUCCGACCGAUAUACAGCCCUGAUUUGCUCACUCGGCUAGACCAAGUGCAAAAAAAUAUUUGUGAAACGCGUAAUUAUCUACGGACUUUUGGCGCUCAGAUCCGGUCUGGAAUCCAUUUUGAUGUGAAUACUGCGAUGGACGUUUUAAAAUAUUUGCUAUUCUCACGCAUGGAGAAAGUCAAAUUCCCUACAAUAAGACUUCCGCCUGGUCUACCAACCUCAUCACUUUUUAGUUAAGAUUAAUCAUACACAUACAACUCAUUCAUAACAUGAUACUCUUUUUURUCAAUAUUUCUUUGCAAAUUUUCGGAACAAUGAAACCAAAGGAUUUCUAAAAC